UGAUUUUGCAUUUCCGGGGAGGAGAAAUGUUUGUGAACAAAACAGUUCUCCCUGUCAGCUCGUGCACAUUACUUUGCAUGGCUGUGCACAGCACAGCCAUACAAAGCAGUGUGCUUACAGUGAAGCACACACAUAUGGCCCCCCAUAGUAAAACACACCCAGCACAGAGUUAACCCUUUGAUCACCUCACAUGUUAAUCACUUCCUGCCCAGUGCCAUUAGUACAGUGUCAGUGGUUUUUUUUAGCACUCAUCACUGUAUUGGUGUCACUGGGGAUGUCAGUGACACCAAGUCAGUUUCUUUCAGUGUCAGAAUGCCCGCCACAGUCCCGCUAUAAGUCACCGAUCACCGCCAUUACUAGUAAAAAA